AAUGAAGCUCUUAGCAAUUGUCCUAUUGAUACCUGUAGCUUUAGCAAAGCCGCAGGAAUACAGUCUCCCAUCGACUUCAGGGAAUGGAUUUUCCUCUGUCGGUGGCGGUUUUACCAGUGGCCCAGAAAAACAGGGAAGAAACGGUUUCAUAAGUGGUAUUGGCGCAUCUUCGCAUGAAUCUUCAUCCGGUGCUAGAUAUAAUGGGGGUUCUGGAGGUCCUUCCGGUGCCUGUCGUGAUGGAGAGAUCCUACAUGUAGACGGAUCUUGCGUUGUUCCUAAAAUUACAAGAACCAUCUAUGUGUUCAGCGCUCCUGAUGAGCCUCAGCAGCCAGUCGGUCCGCCACCAAGCGUACCACCACCGAGAGUGGAAGAAAAUAUCGUGUUCGUUCGUGUUCCAGAAGCAGGACCAGCACCUGAUCCCGUCAUCCUUCCGCCACCACGCCAAGAGCAGAUCGUGUACAUCCUCAGCAAGAACGAUGGAGGAGGAGGCCAGCGAGUGAUCGAGGUCACCGCUCCUUCACCUUCUGACCCUGAAGUUUAUUUCGUCAACUACCAAGAAGGAGAAAAUCCAACUCUUCCUAUUGGUGUUGAUCUUGAGAGUGCUCUCAGUGCCGCCGCCAACGGAGGGGGUCAGGCCAUCGGAGGAACAGGUGGUUUUGGGGGAGAUGGAGGAUUCGGCGGCAGUGGAGUAAAUGGCUUUGGAGGAGAUGGAGGAUUCGGCGGCAGUGGAGUAAAUGCCUUUGGGGGAGAUGGAGGAUUCAGCGGCAGUGGAGUAAAUGGCUUUGGAGGAGAUGGAGGAUUCGGCGGAAGUGGAGUCAAUGGCUUUGGAGGAGAUGGAGGGUUCAGCGGCAGUGGAGUCAAUGCUUUUGGGGGAGAUGGAGGAUUUAGCGGCAGUGGAGUCAAUGGCUUUGGAGAUGGAGGACUCGGCGGCAGUGGAGUCAAUAGCUUUGGAGGAGAUGGAGGAUUCAGCGGCGGUGGAGUCAAUGGCUUUGGAGAUGGAGGACUCGGCGGCAGUGGAGUAAAUGGCUUUGGAGAUGGAGGAUUCAGCAGCAGUGGAGUAAAUGGCUUUGGAGAUGGAGGAUUCAGCGGCAGUGGAGUCAAUGGCUUUGGAGGAGACCUAGGUUUUGACGAUAGUGGAGCAGGUGGCUUUGGUGGAGAUGGAGAAUUUAACGGUGCAGGAGUCGGAGCCCUCAGCGGACUUGUUGACAUUCGCAGAGUUAAUGGAGGAAUCGACGGCAGACCUGGAGAAAUAAAUAACAAUAGAGGAGUCGAAGAAAGUGGAUAA